AUGAUUUGGGCGUUCCUUUGUAUUACUGCAUUGGCCCUUUCAACCGUAAGCACUGGCCUCAUUGUCUUCAAGUUUUGCAAGGACUGGGAAGUUCGCGCUUCCAGUGUGCGAUGGCUGCUCGCCGUAUUCUUCAUCUGCCAGUUCAUCACUUCGAGUGCACGACUUGCCUAUUUCGUAUGGCUCACUAUCGCGAUUGAGGGAGAAAGCCACACCAGCGACUACGAAGACAUGCAAGUGCAAGCGGUGGUGAGGACCGAACUUUAUCGCAUGGGAACGAGCGCCGUGCUACAACUGAUCCAAAAGCAGAAUGGCUGGAUUACGACGGUCAUAAUCAUUGGUGAUGCGGCGCAAUUUGGUAUCUUGAUAUGGGUUACUGCUUUGGUGUACGAGAUGUCAAAGCUCGUGGCGCUUUCAAUGGACCGUGGAGAGACACACGAGCGUGCAAAGAUACGUCUGUAUUCCAUGAUCGGUCACGUUAGCAUUGCAGUGUUCCUCUUGGUUCAAGUCGCGCUCGCCAUUAGCUACAUGGGCUACUCUCGAUAUGCCUACUCGAUGCUACUAGCUGUAUACGUUCUACAGACGGGUGUGUUCAUUUACAUGAUGAUCACGGUGGUUGUGCUCAAAGUCAACGGUCGGAGUUACGAAAGCGUUCAUGGACAGUUUGUGACUUCUCCUCUCUACCGACGCCUGAAGUGGUUCAUGUUAGCGUACGCCCUCUUUGCUUUCCAGUUUCAGCUGUCGUCCGUGAUUCUGUACGCGUGUCCAGGCGAUAUAAAUAUUCUGUCCAGUUACGCUGGAGUGAGCUUCACGCUCUAUUACCUGCGCGGUUUCGUGUUCUCUGUCGUGACCGGGUGCAGCCAGCCCUGCGUGGUAACUUGGUCGAGUUGCUGCUUGCCAGAAGAAAUUAAGGUGGAAUACCGGCAGCGUCAAGAAUGCUUGACUUCUCCUGGGGGCCACGAUAUUCCCUACAUCAACCCAGUCUUUGUGGUGACAGACAUUGAAUCGUCCAGUGCGCUUUGGGCUAUUGGAGAUGGUCGAAUCAUGCAGCAGGCAACUCGGAUUCAUGACGACAUCAUACGCUCCCUACUUGCCGCAUACCGCGGGUACGAGAUCGCUACAGCAGGAGAUUCUUUCCAGCUGGCUUUCCACACGAUCAAAGAAGCCAUCGAGUAUUGUCUGAAGGCCCAAAUGCAUCUGCACAACGCGAAAUGGCCCAAGGAGCUUCACGGCUUGAUACCUGCCACCCGAAAAGAACGCGCGAGAACGAAAACAAUUUUUAGGGGGCUUCGAGUCCGCAUGGGGGUCCACGACGCUGCUGAAUCGGAAGGACCUCUCAUUUGCGAUGUUCAUGUCGUGACGGGGAAGUUGACGUACACUGGCGCUUCCGAAAUCAUCGCGAACGAGAUCGGAGGUCUGGGAGCUGGAGGCCAAAUCUUGGUCACCGAACGUGUGGCCGAUUGGCUUGCCGCAAACUCGUCGCGAACGGAUACCAAGUUUGUCUUGGAACACGUGUGCAAGUAUUCGAUUCCCCGGUUGCAUGUUGUGCUGGAGAUUUUCCAAGUAGUGCCAAAGCCGCUGGCGCAGCGUUGUCAAAGCUUUAGUUCGCCGCAACACAUUGUGCAGAUGGAUCGAGAGACGUCUGAAACCGGGGCUGACUGUCAAAUGUUGUACACGUCGUUGCAGCUACUGAGUUACAGCUGA